AUGAGUGUCACAACAUCAACAGUUGCUAGCUCAAUUCCAGUAAGGGUUGUUGUGAGAGUUCGGCCACUGAUUCCGCUAGAAACAGAAACAGGAGCUGAAGAAUGUGUAACGGUCGAUGACAAAAGUCAUUCCGUUUUUGUAAGUGACCGCUCCUUUUGCUUUGACUCUGUUUUUGGAUCGGGGUGCACACAGGAUUUUGUGUAUGAGGAGAGUGUGCGUGAUUUGCUGAACUCUUCCUUUUCUGGGUACAACACGACGAUAUUUGCUUAUGGACAAACAGGUUCCGGGAAAACAUAUACAAUGGGAACUGGAGUUGAAGAAGACGGUUUGGACGAAGAUAAUCGGGGGAUUCUGCCUAGGAUGAUUACGGACAUUUUUGGCAAGUUGGACGCAGAAACGGAGAGUUGUGCUGCCGAGGGAACUUGCUACGAGAUUUAUGCAUCGUUUUCGUCUUUAUUGAAUGUGAGAACUAGAUUUGCCGAGAUAUAUAACGAGAAAGUGUUUGACCUGCUAAACAACCGAAAUGAGCGUCUUUCGAUUAUUAAUAACGGCGACAAUGUUAUUGUGAAGGGCCUUUCCGAGCGCCGAGUGUACCGAAGCGCCGAAAUGUUCAGUAUUCUCCGUGAAGGUAGCGAAUCUCGUCGAAUCGGCGCUACCGAAAUGAACAAGCAGUCGAGUCGAAGCCAUGCCAUCUUUACAAUCACGAUCUGCAAAGUGUCCGAAUCUGAAGGCACUCUGCGCGGCAAGAUCAACUUUGUGGAUUUGGCUGGAAGCGAGCGUCUGGAAAAGACCAAAGCGACCGGCAAUCGCGCGCAGGAAGGCAUUUCGAUCAACAAAUCGCUCUCGACGCUGAGCAAAGUCAUCGAAGCUCUCGUCACGCACGCUUCGCACAUUCCCUACCGCGAGAGCUCGCUCACUCGCCUUCUCAAAGACUCGCUCGGCGGCAACGCGAAGACGGUGAUGAUCGCGUGCGUUUCUCCGGCCGAUACGAAUCUGAGCGAGACGGUCAACACGCUGCGCUGGGCCGACCAAGCGAGAAAGAUCGAGAACAAGCCCACCGUGAACAUGGAUCCCACCACCGCCGAGAUUCUGAAGCUGAAGAAGCGGAUUAGCGAGCUGGAGGAGAUCGUGUCGAACUAUGAGAGCGGCAGUUCGUUUGGAAAUCCGGCUUCGCCGUCGGAGGGAAAGCAGCGAUUGCUUGUUUUAGAGGACGAAGUGAAGCGGCUGCGGACCGCACUGCUGAAGAGCGAGAGCGAGUUGAAGAGCUGCCGCGAGGAUUUGAGCUAUUUGCUGGAGCAGAAGAAUACGGAUAAGGGAUUCCAGGAAUUGCUCGAGACGAAGAACAAGGAAAUUGCGUCUUUGAAGCGCCAAUCUUCGUACGCUGUAUUUGCUUUUCGUGUGUGUUUUGAUGCAGAUGCUCUUGCAAGAUAUUGA